AUGGACCCUCAGGAAUUCGUUGACGAGCUGAGCGUACACUUCCGCAACCUCACGAAGAAGGCUAACAUCAGCAACACGCAUUUCACUCGCACCACAUCAAAGCAGCAUAUUGACGCAGUCCAGCAUCUAUGGAAAGAGCUGGAGGCGAAGGGCUACAUCUACAAGGGCCGUCACGAAGGCUGGUACUCCGUCUCCGACGAGACGUUCAUCCCAGAAAAGCAAAUUGAAGGGAGCCACCGGACACAGAAAGACGGCGCCGUUGAACACACGGAUGAGCGCAUCUUCUGGUACUCGGAGGAGAACUACAUGUUCCGCCUUUCCGCCUUCCCGGACCAUAUAUACGAGUAUUACGCCGCGCGCGGGGCAGAUGCGAUCCAUCCACACACCCAGGCCUCGGACGUUCACCUCAUGUUGAAGGGCAUGAUGCAUACCCGCCGCCCGUCGUUUGAUGACUUGUCUAUAUCGCGUCCGCGGUCCCGACUCUCGUGGGGUAUCCCCGUACCCGGCGACCCGGAGCAGACGAUUUACGUCUGGAUCGAUGCUCUCGCCGCCUACUUGACCUCUGUGGGCUACCCGUGGUCGUCAACGGGUGGCGACGGAACUGCUGCGGGUUGGCCUCCCGACUUGCAAGUCAUCGGGAAGGACAUCAUCCGCUUCCACACGCUGUACUUCCCAGCGAUGCUACAAGCCCUCGGGCUACCCCUCCCGGUCCAGCUGCUGUCGCACGCGCACUGGACGGUCGAACGUGCCAAGAUGUCCAAGUCGGUGGGUAACGUCGCAGACCCCAUCAAGGCCAUCGAUGACUUCGGCAUCGACCUCGUCCGGUACUACCUUGCACGCGUCGGCGGCCGCUUCCAAGAUGACGUCGACUGGUCGCAAAAGCAGCUCCAGAAGCACAGCAGGGAGAUCAUCUCGCUUCUCGGGAACCUUUUCAUGCGCGCGACGUCCGACAAAUUGAUGGGGAAGGUCUCGACGGUCAAACCGCGCGAGCUGUCGCUCGUCUCCGAGUCGCAGGGGUCCGAGGCGUUGCUGCAGUCUUUAAAGACUCUCGCGCCCAAGUUUGACGUCCACCUCCGCGAAUUCGAGCUCGCGACCGCCGUCGAGGCGGUCGUUGCUGCGUUGUCAGAGGCGAAUGCGCUUAUGACACAAGCAGCCCCCUGGGCGAGGGAGACAUCGCCCUCCGUCGCGGCCGACAUCCAAGCGCUCGUCUUCGAGACCCUCCGCCAAUCCGGGAUUCUCCUCCAGCCGAUCAUGCCUGACACGGCCACGCUCCUCUUGGAUUCGCUCGGGGUUCCUAAGGAUCAACGCACGAUCGCAGACGCCGUGUUUGGGAGGAGCGGAGUGGGAGAGGUGCGACCCGGGGUGAGGUUGUUCGAUAUGGGGUCGUUGAAGUUGAGAGCGUGA